AUGGCGCGGUGGUUGUCAUUCUUUGCAGAAUACAACUUUACGGUCGAGUCCAAACCAGGGCGACUUAAUGUCGUCGCUGAUGCACUCUCACGUCGGCCCGACUUUGAAACAGUCGCGAAACCCAACAGUGAGACAGCCACUGUUGCGGUUAUGACGUCCUCAGUCCCAUCUACAACGCUGUAUGAUGAUGUGAGGCGGGCGUAUGCCCAAGAUGGUGAGAUUGUGAGGUUGUUGACACAUCUCUCACAGCCAUCUCGAGAAUCGUUGAAACGAUUAUCAUUUGCGUAUCGAUCUGCAUCAGAUCGAUACACUACUCGCGACGGUUUACUGUAUUUUACAGCCGUUUCGGGUGACACACCACGUGUUGUCAUUCCAGAUGACACUGAUCUGCGCUUGCGGAUCAUGUUCGAGUACCACGAUGCUCCUAUAGGAGGACAUCGUGGCCGGGAGAAAACAUAUCUCACGGUGAGUCGAGACUUUUACUGGCCCCGCCAGUAUCAGUUUGUGCGCAAGUACGUUCGCGCAUGCGAAGUCUGUCAACGAGUGAAGUCAAGUCCUUCACUGCGUGCACCUUUACAGCCUCUACCGGUUCCGGCGGAGUGCUGGGAAUCCAUCUCAAUGGAUUUCGUCUUCGGGUUACCCAACGACGCACGCGGGAAUACGGGUAUUCUCGUAUUUGUUGACAGAUUCAGCAAAAUGGUACACCUUGUGGCUGUACCAGAGACAAUCACGGCAAGUGGCUGUGCUUGUGUCUUUAUUGACACCAUCUUCCGAAUGCAUGGGUUGCCCCGUGAACUCGUAUCAGACAGAGAUCCACGAUUCACUGCUGAUUUCUGGCGUUCCGUGUUCAAAUCACUCGGAACGCGCUUGAAGAUGUCGACAUCUGAUCAUCCAGAGUCAGAUGGUCAGACGGAACGUGCCAAUCGUGUCCUUGAAGAGAUACUUCGAGGAUACGUACACUCCUUUAAGAGUUGGAGUGAGUUUUUGCCACUGGUAGAGUUUGCCAUUAACAACUCGGUGCAUGCGUCCACGACACAUACACCGUUUUUUACGGGGGGAGGGACUCGCGCGAGCAAAAACCGAUUUGGUUCACGCUCAUCACGCUCUGACGAAGAAGUCAUUGCGUUUGAUGCCGAUAUCGAUAACAUCGAUAUCGAAGAAGAUGAUGCCAGUGAGAGUGCGGAAGCCCUCACUGAAGACAAUGAUCCCAGCGAGAGUGCGGAAGCCCUCACUGAAGAAAAGGUUGUUGUUGCUGCAGUGCGCUCACAGUGCACUGAAGCUAACGAGUCAUCAGAUGAGUUCAUACUGGCUAGUGAAACGGUAGUCCGUUUUGUGCAAGACUCCAUCGCCGAAGCGGUGGAUAAGCAAAAGCAAAACGCAGACAAGAAUGGAAGGGCAAACACUCUUUUAUUUAAUAAAGGUGACUUAGUCCUACUGUAUACGUUUAAUCUACCAAAGCAUGUAGCGACUAACUUGGGUAGCAGUAAACUACUACCCAAGUACAUCGGCCCAUUUCGUGUAUUGCACCGCCUAGGCAAUGCAUACACGAUCGAGUUGCCACGUAAGAUGCAACGCAUCCCACGUUUUACGUUGGUCGGCUUAAGCCGUACCAUCAGUACGCUGCUUCUUCCGAUAAAGAACGCCCUUGCGCUCAAGCAUCUCGCAGAGAGCCUUGUGCUCCCGAUGGUGGGCAUCAACAAGGGUCUGAAGAGCAGCUAUCUCAUCCCGAGACCGCUCAACAUCCCCACGAGCUACCCUUAG